AUAUUAUAUUCAAAUGUUGUUUUGAAAAUGAAAACAUUUUAAGAUUUAUUUUAUUAAACUUUUAUUUGCUUUUCUGUUUAGUGUUAACAAUUUAUAAUAAAAUGAGCGAUAACGAAACUGGUAGUAAAGAUGAUUCUGAAGAGAAUUCUGAUGAUAAUCUCCACAUUGUACUUGAAAGUCCUAGUCGUAAAAAAAAGCCUUCUCCAGUUCCUACAGAGUCUGAAAGAAAAAUUAUAGAAUCUAUAGAAGAGGAAUUGGAACAGAAACUUGAAGAAAAAGCUGCAAGAACCAAUUUAAAUGUGGUAAACGUUAAAAAUCUCAUUAAACAGGUACUUACAAAUGAAGAUGUAUUAUCCCUAAUUAGAAACGCAGAAGGUACAAAAAAUGGUGAAAAUAUCUCUCCUAUUUUUGAACCCAAGUGGACUCGAUCAAAGAUGAAGCAAUUAUCUUCAGUAUCUGGAUUAUCGUUACCUGCUGUAAACUUGGAGGCACCAAAACCAGUAUCUGAAGUUCAGGUUUUAUUUACUGAAGAGUUACAGGAAGAUUCUUCUGGAGAUGAAUAUGUCCCUGGCAUGGGUGACGAAGAUAAAGAAGAUUUGGAAGAGAGUGAGGAUGAUCCAGACAGUUCAUUAUUCAGUGAUCCCCCUUCCAUUGAACCAGAAACUCCUCCGGAACAAUCUGUUGCUUCACCUGCACCACCACCCCACCAUAACACAGAUGCCAAUACUAAUUGGACCGAAGAUGGUGUCUUUAAAAUUCCAUCUACACCUAAGGAUAAGGAGGAGCCAACAGAUGAAACAACAAUUGCUAAGAGAACCAGAUCAAAAUUGAGCUUAAGUUCAACACCAUUAGAAGUUAUAGAAGAAGCAUUUGUACCGCCUGACAUUCCACCAGAUUUGUAUGAAAUGCACUGUGAUAAUGAAGACUGGAUGGAUUUUCUUAAAACAUUCAAUAAACCUUUGGAGGAAGUUGAAAAAAUUCCUGAAGAAGAAGAAUUAGAUCCGGAAUAUAAUGUUUUGUCUGAUGAAGAAAUUGAUAAACCAGACAAAGAGGAAUUGAGAGUUGACAGAGCAGUUAAAGUGAGCAAAAAAGAGUUGAAUGCAUUGAUAGCAGAACUAUAUGAAUUUUGUUCAAAUGAGCAAGCACAUCUUGAUGGUAUGGAAGAAAAAGACUUUGAUGCGACUUCUUUAUUAGAAACGCAGGUGGUAGAGGAUAAUUCAAACAAAGUAGACACAUUUGGUGCUGAUGAAUCAGUGACUAAAACGGGUGUGUUUACCGAUAUGCAGAUAAACUUAUUGGAGCAACAAAUGCGACAACAUGUGCAAUUACUGACACAAAACUUUAUACUCACCUACGAGCAUCCAGAGCUUCACGAGCAUUCUAAACAAAUGAAGGAAUAUUUGUAUAAUUUGAAAUAUUUAGCUGGCGAUAAGGAAGAAUCAAAAUUUUGCGCUGUUAACUUAGAAGAAGCUAUUGACUUGAUAUCAUCUUGGGAAGAGCUAGUCGCUUCUAAUACUGAUGAUGUAAAGAGAAUGAAAAGCCAUGUCGAAAGCACUAUUAACAAAUCAUUAGAGUAUAGACAAAGAGGAGCCGAAUACAUAGUAACAUUCCCUUCAUUAAUAUUGGAAACCAUUUCUAGCAGUUGUGUAUUUUUAUAUCCGACUCUUCUUCCGAAAAUUCCUUACAAAUCACCAAAAUAUUUUCAUUCAACCACAUUUACAGAUCCUGAACUACAAUUAAUUUCUAUAGGCCUGGAACAGUUUAUGCCACUAGUUACUGAAGAAUUAGGGCAAGGGAAAGUUGCAAAGAAAAAACUGUAUUGGCAUUUGUCAUAUUAUAUACAUGAAUAUGUAUUGCCAAUAAAAACUCCAAGGCAAAUACAACUGGUUCUAAAUAGGUGCGAAUAUUCUCGAUGUGGUGAUAAUCCUAUCAAAAAUUUCCUAACAUUUAAGAAAGCCCCAUCCUAUGUUCAAUUUUAUAUUCCAUUAGAAUCGCUAAAAAUAUUUCCUCCCUGUCAACGAAAACCAGAAGAAUUACCUUAUCAAUGGCGGAAUUUCUGUUUUCCCUCUCAUAAUAUAACUCCGAAUCCACCCCCAACUCAAAUAAACUCAUUUGGAGGAUUUUUGUUACAACCAGCAUCACAACCACUGUGCAAUAGUCAAUUGAUAUUAUCCAAUAAUACCAAACAACUUAUAUUACCAAAAGGUGUAAUAACUUCAACUCCACGGUCUGUAGUACAGCGAAAAAAAUCUUCAAGGAAACGCAGCAGAAGGCAAAGUUUGUUUAAGUCAAGAUUGGAUCAUGUCAAACAAGAUCCAAUAUCAAAAUUUGUAAGAUGUUUAUGUGAACCACCACAGAUUAGCAGAAUCCUAAGAUUAUUUUCUUCCAUAUCAAAUUUAAGUAAUACAACCGAGAGUUUUGAUACAACCACAGAUGAAGAGGUUAGCCCACCCCCUAAAAAGAGUAAUUUAAGUUCAGGAGUUAGUUCUAAGAUCAAUUUAAAAGAGAAUAUUAGCCUGUCUGUAAGAGAUAAGCACAAUAUGUUACCAAAUAUGCCAAGCUUGAGCUCUGUUAUAAAAAUUAAUUCACAGAAUGAAAAUACUGAUCCUGGUAAUGAAGGAAAAAAUACAAAUUCUUUGAAACAUAAUAUUAGCUUGGAAAUUUCAGAAGAAGGAGUUUCAGAUUUUCAGUCAAUAAGUGAACAUUCAGAAGAAAAUAAAGUGGAUGAUAAGGAUAAUUCAGAUGGGAGCACUAUUUUAACUUCUACACCGUCUACCACCAAAACUACAAUAACUAGAAAAGAACUAUCUGGCGCAGAAAAGAAAAGAGCCAAGAUGAAAAAAGAAUUUUUAGCUAAUUUAGCAAUUUCGACUCCUGAAGAUUAUGAAGUUGAAAAAGAAAAAAAUAAAAUGUUUGCAUUAGCAUACUACGACAAAUUGCGAGAAACGUUGGAUUUACAAACUUAUCACAAACUGAUGCAAAUCCUUAAUGACCAUGAAAAAGGCGAUGCUCUAGAACUCUACUAUAAAGUUGAAGCUGUUUUACUUCCAAAAUACAAAGAAUUAGCGGAUGAAUUUAUUCUGUUUCUUCGAGAAAAGGAAGCUGCUGCUGUUGGUCGCCUAAUUCCAUGGAUUCAGAUGAAUAAUCGUUCAAAAUUUUUGAGAAAAGUGGAAAUUUUUUUUAAGGAUCAACCGGCUCAGUUGCGGAAGAUUUAUCAAAGUAUUACAGAGUUGUCACAUACUGUAGGAGUUACUAAGGAAAAGAUGAAAGGUAGUCUAAUGCCAUUGUUCAAGGGAAACACAAUCUUGGCAGAUUUGUUUUUACAAAACUUCAUGGACGAGCCGCCCCCACCCAGUUUAAUGGAAGGACCUUAUGAGGUAAUCGAUGUCAAUAAAGAAUUAGCUGCAAAUGAUGAUGAGGAACCCUUUGAAACAAUAACAGUACCAGAUGUAGAGGACAGAUAUGGCGGUAUUACAUGUAUCUGUAGUUGUCACGAAAUUGAAGAUGUAGAGUUUAAAUCCAGGAUUCGACAUUGCAGUAGAUGUGGAACAAAGUUUUUGAACGGCCGAGUUUAUAUCCAAACAGGAAGAGGGUUGAGACCAGCUGCAGUAUCGUUUUUAAAUAGUUCAAAUACAGACCACAGUUCAAGAUUAUCCGAAAAAUCUUCACAUAGUUUUAAUCGCCGAAAAAAACGAUCCGAUACCAGUCCUUCAAAGCAAGUGAGCCAAUCUUCUGUUAAAGAUAAUCCUGACGAAGAAACAGACGAAGACGGCGAGAAAAAGAAAAAACCUAAACGGAAACCCCGAACUAAGAAACCAAAGUUAAGCGAUGAUACUAAAGAUGUAAGGAAAAAAGCAACACCCAGUAGAGUUCGAAAUUUAAGUAAAGAAUUUAAAUCUACCCCUCGAAAGCGAACGGAUUUAAAAAAACUAAAUACAAUUCGUAAAGCGAAACCCGUAGAAAUUGGGAUUGAAGAACAAGAAGAACACGUAGAAACCGAAUUAGAUGAACACGUAGAAACCGAAUUAGACGAACAUGUUGAAACUGAACAAGAAGAACAGGUUGAAACUGAAUUGGAAGAACAAGUAGACAUAUAUACAGACGAAAAGACUUAUAUUAAGCCUGGUAAUAGCAAUGGACAGCAAAAAAGGUUGCUUGAUGAAUCAUGUGAAGAAGGAGAUCAAAGUGCUGCUGGUGAAUCUUCGGGUGAAGUGAAACUUGGAAGUCCAGAACAACAAACUGCGGAUUCAGAGAGUGAGUUUUGUGAAGAAUCCUCUCAGGAUAACUGUGAAUCGGAUAGCAAUUCUAGUACAUCGUCUAUUAUUAACACACCGCAGAGUUAUGCCGAUGUAUUAAGCCAUAAUUCAUCCUGGAAACGGGAAGAGGACAAGAUAAUUUUGGAAGUAUUCCAAACCGAAAAUGACAAAGAUCAUGCCUUUAAAGCAAUAGCAAACCAACUUCAGGAUAGAACAGUGGACGAAAUUAAAGCCAGAUUUGAUACUUUGAUGGACUUAUUGAUGAAGACUGUUGAAGAUCAUAGAGAUUAAUUGGAUUUUAUUUUUUCCUCGUUUUGUAAAUGUUCAAAAUAUUUUAUAUUUUUUGUAUAUAAUUUAUGAAUGUUUCAUUCUGUUUAAGUGAGAUUUAAAUAAAUAUUUUUUGUAUUAUUUAUUGAUAAAAGUGGAUAAUUC